AAACCUCAAAUGACAAAUUACACUUACGUUUUGAAUAGAAGAGGCACCUUUAAAUGGAAAUAUUGGUUAUAAUACAUAUGUUUAUGUGAAUUAUUCAGUUGGAUUUCAAAUUUUGAGGUAUUGAUGCUACUUGGUUUUUAAAGUUUCGGUCACGUUAGUUUGAGAACCUUUUUUCUCUACCUCUUUUGAUUUGAAAAAUGUUUAUAUUGGACUGGAUUAUCUGAACAAAAAAGUAUGGGGUCAAUCUAUAAAUCCCUAUCAAUUUUUUUUGGUGUAACAGCUAUUGGGCUGUCUGGAUAUGCCUUUUACAUUUACCUUCAUAAAAAAGAUGAAGAUGACAAUGACCCCCAAAAUACGUUUUCUCGAGCAUCAAACUUUCGAACUGUGGAACUCAAAGUACCAAUAGGAAAACUUCGUAUUUUGAUUGGGAGAAAUGGAAAAAUCCUGAAGGAUAUUGAAGACCGAUCUCAUACCAAAAUAAAUUUUGAUGAAGAAGAGGAAGGAUGUGAAGAAGUGAUUUGUUUCAUCAGAGGAACAACAGAGGAUUGCUGUACUGCAGAAAAUUUAAUUAAGGACUUCAUUAAUAAUCAACCACUAAUAGAAAGUGAAGAUAUAUGGGUGGUUGGGAGUUCUGUCGGAAAUGUAAUUGGACGGGGCGGAGUGAUGAUUUCUGAAAUCAAGAGCUUUUCUGGGGCCAUGAUAAAAAUUAAUGAUGAAGAUAGAAGCCUACCUUCCAGAAGAAUAACCAUCAAAGGUACUAGAGAACAGAUUAAUGUGGCGAAAUCUCUUAUAGAAGAUGUCGUUGCCAAAGCAGUAAACUUACAGCAAAAGCUUCAAGAGUCUUUGGCAUUGAGAGAACCUCGAUUGCCUCCAAGAUCUCCAGAAAAAGUAAACCGAGUGGAAAGUCCCAAAGUUGAAAGGAUAUCCCCAAUUCCCGGGCAACCAGAUACCCCAUUUGAGGUAUAUGUUUCUGCUAUGGUGGACCCUUCGAGGUUUUGGGUUCAAAUAGUCGGCCCCAAAGCCACUGAAUUGGACUGCUUGGUGGAAGAAAUGACUGAAUAUUAUGGAAUAGAAGAAAAUCGAAAUUUGCAUGUAUUAAAAGAUAUCAAGAAAGGUGAUCUUGUUGCUGCUUCUUUUCAGUAUGAUAAUAAAUGGUAUAGGGCUGAAGUACUUAAUGUCUUGGAUGAGGAUCCUUCUAUGAAACAAGCAGAACUUUACUAUGUUGAUUAUGGAGAUACUGAUAUUGUACCCUGGAAUGACGCAUAUGAACUACGAACUGAUUUUCUCAGACUACAUUUCCAAGCCAUUGAGUGUUUCCUUGCGAAAGUUGAGCCUAAUGGAGACGAAUGGUCGGAAGAAGCCAAAGAUAAGUUCGAAGAAUGGACUCACGUGGCGCAAUGGAAGAAAUUAUCAGCCAAGAUGAAUGGUUACAGUGUUCGGGAGAAAACUAGAGCAAAACGUGAGGGUUCUCCAGUACCUGGUAUUGAUUUAUACGAAUUGGAUGAGCACGAUAUUGAUAUAGGAGAAGAGUUGGUGAAGAUUGGGCUGGCCGUUUACAAGUCUGAUGCAUUCCUCAGUAAUAAUGCCAACAAUAUUAGUGAUAGUAACAUUAGUGUAUCGAGUAGUGUAAGUUAAGAAAGAAUAUAUUUUUUUUAUUGAA